UCCCACAGGCGGACCUUGGAGAGGAUCAUCCCUGCACUACAGGGCUCUGACAGAGAGCUGAACACUACACAGAGGACCCAGGAGAAGGGCAAGGAAAAGGCUCCUGUGUACUGACAGGAUGUCACGGUGGGUUGGGACAGAGAGAUAAGAACCACCAAGCGAGAAGAUGGACUUAGAAGAUGAACUCAGGAUAGAAGUGAAGCUUUGACUCACCUCACCUGGCUGCUUACACAGGAGCUGAGUUACUGGGAGUAAAACAGCCCAACCAGUGAGGACAAUAUCUCCUCUGUCUGUCUCUGCUCUGCCUCCGACAGUUGACAUCCGCCCUGUUUAUCUGUCGGGAGCAACAUGUCAGCAGCAGUGCUUUCUCUCAUGUCAUCUCUGACAUGAUGCUCCCGGCACUGACAGGGAUAAUGCCAAUGAUAAUAUCUGGCCAGUCAUUUAUUUGACAGGCCAGACACACACACACACACACACACACACACACACACACACAUUGUACUUGUCGGUUUAAGCAGAGGCAGAGACAGAAGGAGCUGGUCAGUGUGGAAUCAAUGCCACUGACCUUAUUUCUCUGGAACUCCUCCAACUAUGUCUCCAUCACUUAGGAGGAGUGUGCCGUCUGGACACCUGUGACCAAGGCUCUGUAGUCCUCAUGUAACCCUGUUGUUUGAGCGUCUGUCCGACUGAAACAAUCAUGGCCAGCAUGGCGGUUCAGCUCCUCGGCUUCUUCUUGGGCCUGCUGGGGUUUGUUGGAACCGUGGCUGCGACUCUGCUUCCCCAUUGGCGCAGCACAGCCUAUGUGGGCUCCAACAUCAUCACAGCCACCGCCUACAUGAAAGGCCUGUGGAUGGAGUGUGUGUGGCACAGCACUGGCAUUUAUCAAUGUGAGGUGUAUAGAUCUCUGCUGGCACUGCCACAGGACCUGCAGGCUGCCCGGGCCCUCAUGGUGCUCUCCUGCAUCACCUCAGUCCUGGCAUCCCUGUUGUCUGUGAUGGGGAUGAAGUGUACCCGCUUCGCACGUGGCUCCCUGAUCAAGUCUCCGCUGGCGAUGAGCGGAGGGAUAUGUUUCCUCUGUGCAGGUGUCCUCUGUCUAGUCACCGUAUCCUGGACCACCAAUGAUAUCAUAAUGGACUUCUACGACCCCUUCCUCCCCAGUGGGCUGAAGUAUGAGAUCGGCCUGGCCGUGUACCUCGGAUACGCCUCAGCCUGCCUCAGUCUGAGCGGAGGGCUGGUGCUGUGCUGGAGCAGCUGUGGUGACAGGUCACGGAGUCCACCUCGUAUUCAGAGGAGUCACCCAUCAUCGCCUCCCCCUGCCUUCAACCACAUAUACCCCCCUUCUCCACCAUACAAGCCCCCUGAGGCCUUGAAGGACAAUCGUACUCCAUCAAUUUGCUCCCUUUCCAGUAAUGGAUACAGGCUCAAUAACUAUGUCUGACACAGGAGGAUAUACGAGCACAGUAACUGUGGUCAUGAGAGCUGUGUCCAGUCUCCAACACUUCUACAACUUAUUUUUUAUUCUUUUAAGUUGUUAUUAUUCUUUGCCUCCUACCUACCCAUAACAAAGGGGAUACGGAAAUGGACCUGUCCCUCACAUUUCUAUAUUUGACCAAUAAGGAUAAGACAACUUGACAAACGAACUUUGCUGUGACCAGGUCUGAUGUCUGAUUCACAAGGUACAAGUGUUGAAGAGAACUGAUGAACUAAAACCUGUUGAACUGCUGUUAUAAACCCAAAAGACCAGAAGGUGGCAGCAUAGUCCUGCAAGUAGUCACAAAGAUGGAUUGUGUCAAUUCCCAUAUUCUAACUUUAACACCCAUGAUAAUA